AAAAGCCACCUCACUUUUUGUAACUCGCAGUUCUAUCUUGUUUCUUCUGCUCCAAUCUUCCCUCAAAAGUAAAAAGGAGCAGGGGAAAAUUCCUUCGUACCCAUCUCAAAUCUAUCAUUUAGAUCCCAUCUAUCCGAUUCUUGUUCAUGUUUGAUGUAGAUUCCACCUGGGUUUUUAUCUAAAUCGGCCUCUUUUAACCCUCUUGAUUCUUGUUUUCGCUAAUCCAUCUCCAGAAAAGUAGAAAAGAAGCUGCUGUUCAUGGCGACAGUAUCUGUUUCGAUGAAGGUUAAUAGGACGACCCCAUGUUUCGAUGAGGAUCAGGUGUGGCCGCCGGGGUUCCGAUUUCACCCAACCGAUGAGGAGCUUGUCGUGUAUUACCUGAAGCGGAAGAUGUGUCGGAAGAGGCUCAAGAUCAAUAUCGUUGGCGAGACCGAUGUUUACAAGUUUGAUCCUGAGGAGUUACCUGGGCAAGCAAUUUUGAAGACAGGAGACAGGCUUUGGUUCUUCUUCAGUGCAAGAGAUAGGAAAUACCCAAAUGGAGGAAGGUCAAAUAGGGCAACUAAGUAUGGGUAUUGGAAAGCAACUGGAAAGGAUCGUACUAUCACCUGUAAUUCUCGAAAUGUUGGGGUGAAGAAAACUUUAGUUUUCUAUAGAGGGCGUGCACCUUCUGGGGAGCGAACUGACUGGGUGAUGCAUGAGUACACCUUAGAUGAGGAGGAGCUCAAAAGAUGUGAUAAUGUAAAGGACUAUUAUGCUCUUUAUAAGGUGUAUAAAAAAAGUGGACCUGGCCCUAAAAAUGGUGAGCAGUAUGGGGCACCAUUUAGAGAGGAAGACUGGGCAGAUGAUGAAGGUACAAGUACCCUGGUUCCUGUUGAUUCAGGGACCCCUGUGAUGCAGCCUAAUGAGGCCACUUCUGACAGUAAUGUAGUAACUAAUUGUCAAGUUGAGCCUCCAUUAAUUGAUGUCUCAGAGCAGAUAACUGAUGGAGCACCUGAGGCUGCACUUCCUGAGCCACAAGAUGUUUAUUGUCAUUAUACAAUGCCUCAGGAUUUUGGUGAAAAAGAAGACCAGAGUGCUUUGGUGGAGUUAGCCUCAGGGGAAAUUGUCCUUCCUGAACAAAUGAGAGUUAUUCGCCCAAGUUAUCAGUCCAAUGAUGAGCACUCGAGCUUUGAAUUCACUCCGUCAACUACAUGUAAACUGCAAUCAAAUGUGUCACUUGAGGUUGCAUCAGCUUCCAACCACUCCGAAUGUGCACCUCAGAUACGUGGGGAAGACUUCUUGGAGAUUAAUGAUCUUGUUCUUCCUGAAGCUAUGGUUUUUGGUGUUGAGAAUCCUGUGGAGAACCUGCUGUAUGAUGAGUUGGAUUUGUACUAUGAUGCUGAAAAGUUUCUUCAUGACUUGGGGCCUAUUGAUGAGGGAAAUGUUUUGUACCCUUAUCUGAAUUCCAUUGGGGAUAAUUUCAUAAAUCAGGAGUACCAAUUGCAAGCCAAUUCAAAUCCAAGCCUGGCAGACCAGCACUUGCAACCCCAGUCAACAAUAAACCAGGCAGGUGACGAGUUGCAGUUCCAGGCAGGUGACGAGGUGCUGUUCCAGGCAGUCGACGAGUUGCAGUUCCAGGCAGGUGACGAGUUGCAGUUCCAGGCAGGUGACCAGUUGCAGUUCCAGGCAGGUGACCAGUUGCAGUUCCAGACAGGUGACCAGUUGCAGUUCAAGGCAGGUGACCAGUUGCAGUUCCAGACAGGUGACCAGUUGCAGUUCGAGGCAGGUGACCAGUUGCAGUUCCAGACAGGUGACCAGUUGCAGUUCCAGACAGGUGGAAACCUGCUGGAUUACCAGGCCCACAACAGUCCAGUUGGUAUGCAUCAGAUAACUAGCCAGCUCUGGACACAUGAGCAGGGAAGUUAUGUCUUCAAUCCAGCAGCAUCAAAUUUGGAAAUUCUUAAUACACCAACUUCAGGGCUGAAAUCUGAUGUAAAUCAAGAUCAAGGUCUAAAAGAAGAUGCUGCGACAAGCCCUAUUUCUUCUGCUUUGUGGGCCUUUGUGGAGUCAAUACCUACCACUCCUGCUUCUGCAGCAGAGAAUCCUUUGGUUAAUCGGGCUUUCGAGCGGAUGUCCAGCUUUAGUAGAGUGAGACUGAAUGCCAGAAACGAUAUUGUUUCUGCAGGUAAUGUCUCUGAAACUGGUAGAAGAACAGGUGGAAAGAGGGGAUUCUUUUUCCUCUCUAUAUUUGGUGCUUUAUGUGCUAUCUUGUGGGUGUUGAUAGGAACUGUAAGGUUGGUGGGGAGAUCCAUCUCCUCAUGAAGAUACUUUGUAAAUGGGAAGUUUUGUUUUGCACUCUACUGAAGAUGGCUGGAAUUAACUAAAUUGGUCGGCUCAGUGGUGUAAUAGAGGGUUUUAAUAACUUAUUUAUGAAUUUUUAACGUAAAGUUUGGGACAUAGGUUUCUUUCUAGAGCUCUGUUAUGUUACAGAUGUCCUUCAUUUAUGCAAAUAUAAGUUCUUUUUAAAAUUUAAAAAUCUAAUCUUUUUUUUUAUUCU